AUGGACCCGAAGAGCACCACUUAUGUCGGAACACACUAUGAGUACACCGUUCAAAACGCCCUAGAACGGCUCGGAAUAUCUCUCAAACGGAUCGGCGGGAAGUCCGACUACGGGAUUGACCUUCUUGGCACGUGGUCUGUUCCGUCCGCACUCCAACCGCUCAAGGUUCUUGUUCAGUGUAAAGCUUUUGCAAGGAAGAUUGAGCCGUCUCAGGCGAGGGAGCUGGAAGGUGCGUUUGUGGGUGCUCCCAUUGGUUGGAGAGAAGCUGGAGUGCUUGGUCUGUUGGUCUCACAGAAAUCGGCCACAAAAGGGGUAAGGGAGGCUCUGGGGAGGAGUAGAUGGCCGAUGGGCUAUGUGCUCUGUGGAGAUGAUGGGAAGAUUCUACAAAUGUUGUGGAAUAGAAAGGCGCAGCAGGAAGGUUUGGAGGGUAUUGAGGUGGGGUUGAAGUAUGGGGGUGGCGAUCGAAAUGAGAAGGAGGUCAUCCUGAUGUGGAAAGGGGAGCCCAUCUCCGGAUGA